CAAAGUAUACUAUAGUUAUGCGUUAGCUUACAACUAUUGACACUGCGAGUAGUGUUCCAGGGCCUAUAAAAGUCAAUUUCAUUUCAAGUCGGCAACAGUUUUAUACAUCUCUUCGUGCAGAAACGAUAAAGUUCGUAAAUAAUUAUAAAAGUUUCAAAUUGAAAAUGAUCAAUGCCAAGUUGUUCGUAUUGCUCGGCUGUGUUACCGCAGUAGUUCUCGCUAUGCCUAAAGAUCAUUUAGUUGGAGGCGUCGCCCAAAUCAGCGGUGAUGAUCUAAAGCAGGUGGAAGAAGAUCUUCAGAAUUCACUAACUAAAUUGGAAAAGGGGGAAGGACCCGUUUAUAAAAUCUCAAAAGUGAACUCAGCAAGCAGACAAGUGGUCUCAGGCACACUCACGAAAAUCAAUGUGGACCUCAUUGCGGGAAAUAAUAAUGUGAAGAAUUGCAAUGUGGAAAUCUGGUCCCAGCCAUGGUUGCCAGAGGGUAUUCAAGUAACUAUCGAUUGCGAUGGUGAGGAGAAGAUUGUGCGCAAACAUAGCGCCUAAUAUGUUUUCAGUAUAAUGUAUGCCUUGAAAAGUGUGAUAUGAUAAAGGAAUUUUAAUUAAAAUCCAUUGAAUUAUUUAUAA